AUGACAAUCAUGCGCCGGCCGACGGAGCUCUGCGAGGACAAGCUGGGCGCCCGCCUGCGGCACGUCUUCAGCCAGCACGACGGCAGCAGCGGCGCCGUCUCUGCCUCCGCGCUCGAGGAGGUACUGCAGCAGCUCGACCUGCCGCAGGCGUAUGCCGCACGGCUGGUGCGACAGAUUGACGUGGACGGCAGCGGCAGCGUCAGCUUCGAGGAGUUCCACACGUUCGUGCGCCGCCGGCUCAAGCAGCUGCACGCCGCCUUCAACGCCGUGGAUCGCGAGCAGAGCGGAAGCAUCCCCAUCGGCUCGGUGCACGAGAUGCUCGAGGCAAUGCACCUGCAGCUCACCGCCGAGGACGAGGACGUGCUGGUCAGCCAGCUGCGUGCCGGCAGCAACCAUGUGACCUUCGAGUCAUUCCUCAAAGUGUUUGCGCUGCUUCAACCCAUCGACCUACUCACCCUCUACGACAAUGAUGCAAUCCUGCUUGAAUUCGGCUCGCCGACCGACUUUGGCGGCUUGCUCCGGCGCAGCAGCAGGGGCAGCCUGACGCGCCGCGAGUCUCUCGCACUGCAGAAAGCCAAGGCUUCGCCCGCCUCGAACGUCCUCGCUGCGCGUCUCUUCCUCGGCGGUGUCGCCGCAACAGCACAAUUCGUUGUGCACCCCGUCGAGACGGUCAAGGUGCGGCUGCAGAACCAGGGCUCCUCCGGCGAGCGACGGUACACGGGCUUCGCGCAGGGCUUCCGGGUGGUCGUGGCGGACGAGGGGCUGCUCGCGCUGUACAAGGGUUGGUGGCCGGCGGCGGCGCGGGAGAUGCUGUACUCGUCGCUGCGCUUUGGGCUGUACGCGCCGGUCAAGGGGCUGCUCGGAGCAGAGGACCCGCGCGACACCCCCUUCUGGAAGAAGCUCUUCGCUGGCGGCUUUGCAGGCGGGCUCGGCUCCGGGAUUGCCAACCCGACUGAUCUCGUCAAGAUCAGGCAGCAGGCGGACGCGAGCGUCUCCAACCCCAAGAGCGUGAUGGCGCACGCACGGGAUAUCUACCGCGCGGACGGCGUCCUCGGCUUCUGGAAGGGAGCUUCGACCACCAUCGUGCGCGCCGUCGUGCUGGGCAGCACCAAGCUGGCGACCUACGACGAGGCGAAGGUGCAGCUCAAGGAGCGAUUGGGCCUCGUCGGCCUAGCGCAGCAGGCGGGCGCCUCCUGCGCCGCCGGCUUUGCGUAUUGCGUCACCACCUCGCCGGCCGACGUCGUGAGGACGCGUUUCAUGUCGGCGCAGCAGGCGGCGGAGCAGACGGGCCAGCCGAUGAAAUACUCGGGGCCGCUCGACGUGGCGCGGCAGACGCUCGCAAAGGAGGGGCCGCUCGCUUUCUACAAGGGCUUCUUGCCCCAGUGGGCACGCGCGAUGCCCUACUCGAUGGUCCAAUUUCUGGUGUGGGAGCAGCUGGCCAAGCUGGCUGGUCUUACGACGGUAUAG